AUGUCAUCUUCGAUAGAUAAAGAAAAAUCGGUUUCGACAACUAUUACCGUAGAACAUGGAGUUGAUCCUACUAAAGUAGCAACAAAAACUAUCUAUACUGGAGCCAAAAUACCAGUAAUCGGUCUUGGGACAUUUGGCUCGGAUAAAUAUUCUGAUGAAGACGUGGCCAAAGCUGUCUUAGAUGCAGCAGCACAUGGCUAUCGUCAUUUUGAUUGUGCUUCCGUUUACGGAAAUGAAAAACGUAUUGGUCAGUCGCUGAAGACUAUUCUUGAUGGUGGUGUUAAACGAGAAGAUUUGUUCAUAACGUCGAAAUUAUGGAACGACAAACAUGCUGAAGAAGAUGUUAUUCCUCAAUGUAAACAGUCGUUGAAAGACCUUCAACUAGACUAUUUGGACUUGUAUCUGAUUCAUUGGCCAUUUUUGAAUCAUCACGCCAAGGGAGUAUCGGCUGAUGCACGUGAUCUACAAGCGAAACCGUACUCACAUGAUGCGUAUAUGAAAACAUGGCGACAAAUGGAAAAAUUGGUUGAAUUGGGUCUUGUACGCCAUAUUGGUACGUCGAAUGUAACCAAACCAAAGUUAGAAUUAAUUUUAAGAGAUGCAAAAAUUAAACCAGCCGUUAACCAAAUGGAGUUGCAUCCUCAUUUUCAACAACCAGAUUUAUUCGAAUUUGUGACUAAACAGGGCAUUAUUCCUGUUGCCUUCAGCCCUUUAGGAUCUCCCAGUCGACCUGAACGUGAUCGAACACCAACGGAUUCAGUACCCAUGGAUGAUCCAGUCAUUGUAGAAAUAGCACACAGAUUGAAUAUUGAUUCUGCCAGUGUUUGUAUAAUAUGGGCAAUUCAGCGUGGUGCAGUUCCCAUCCCCUUUUCAGUAAAAAGAGUUCAGUAUUUGAAUAUAUUAAAAGCAGUAGUUGGUGAACGGUUAACAGAUGAUGACAUGCAAAAAAUAAGUGCAAUUGAAAGAAAUAAUCGUUUUAUUAAAGGACAUGUUUUCUUAUGGCCGGGAGCGAAAGACUGGAAUGCGCUUUGGGAUCGGGAUGAUCAAAUUUCUGAAUGA